AAAGAUUAUUAGCAAAAAAAUCAAAUCAAAAUGUGGAAAAAGAUUUUAUUUUUUCACAUUCAUUGGUAUUAUUCGAUAUUAACUAAGUCCCAUUUACAUGCUGAUAAAGUUACCCUUUUGGACACGACAAAAGAAUCUAACCUUAACUGGGUCCAUUACAGACCGAAUUCAGAUCCAUCAGAAACUAACAGAGGAUGGUUGGAGGAGAGUUAUUCACACGAAGAGAACGGUGCUCUAGUUAACUGGCGUUCAUAUGUGGUUUGCGAUAUGAACGACCCAACUGCUCACGCUUCAACGAGGGAUAAUUGGCUAAGAACCCCAAUGAUUAAUAUUAAAUCGCCCUUUAAUAACAUGGUUGAAUCUAAAGAAAAUGAUGUUUUAGAUAAAAAGGAUAAACAAAUGGCUAACAAAUUUUUGGAAGGAGUGCGCCGAGUCCAUAUAGACCUGACUUAUAGUAUGAGAGAUUGUUCUAAUUAUCUGGAAAACGAACAAAACACUUCAAACGACGGAGAAGAAUGUAAGGAAACUUUCGAAGUUUACUAUAGUCUGACAGACAAGAUCGCUAAUGUUAAUAGCGACAAAACGACGACCCAUAAAAAGCAAGCUCCAUCUAAAGAAAAAAUGGCUGCUAACAUCAAAUUGAAUCAGAUGGGAGGCGAUCUCAAAUGGACUUUGUUGGACAGGGUUGCGUCAUACUACCCCGAUGAUGGGUUCGAAAAUUUUGGCCCCGAAAGCAAAGUCAAAAUUAGCCGUAGAACGUUGUCUUUUAACCUGGAUGUUAGUAAAUGGAGAUCUUUUUACCUGGCGUUUCACGAUUCUGGAGCCUGUCUGUCACUCUUAGCCGUUAGGGUAUACAUCCUUUACUGCCCGGGUGGUAUAAUAAACGGCGCAUGGCUCGAACCGACACCAACAGGCCCGGAGUUGACUUCCGUCGUCCCCGCGAAAGGUGUAUGUUUACCCCAUUCAACUUACAGAUCUGCCCUUAAUUUUCAAAAUUACGGAAAUUCAAACGACAACUUAGUCGAUAUAAAUAAGCGGAAAAUCUUGGAUAUGAAUAUCAAAGCCGUAUCUGAUAAUUUGUUUCAAAUGCCGCUUAGCACGGGAUUCCUAUGUAAGAGCGAUGGCAAAUGGUUUCACAAUGAUUUGUUGGCCGACGCAAAGGCAGGAGCAGGGAGUAAUGAUGAUGCCAUGGUAAAUUACAAUAAAAGUUGCCUUUGUGAUCCUGGAUACCAACAAACCAUGACGGUUUUGAAAAUUCGCGACAUUGAAAAUUCUAAUGGAAUUAUUCCAGAAGUGUGCGAAAAUUGCCCUACCAAUACCUACAAACACUCUCACGGAAAUUACCCGUGUACACCUUGUCCCGGUAAUAGUAAUAGUCCUAGACCGGGUUCCGUUAAUUGCCUAUGCGAAAAGGGGUUUUUCAGACCCGAAUCCAUAUUUUACGCUGACACGAACUGCCAAAAGCCACCCCCAAAGGCAAAAGACUUUAUAGCCGACUCAGUGGAGCCUUUUAAAGUAACUUUGACCUGGAAAACUGAUUUGGAAUUUGAUGAUUUGGAUAUUGGAGAAACAUAUAUUGAGGGUAAGAAGAAUAAUAUAGCUAAAACACAGAAGGGAAUGGAUAACGUCGGACGUAUACCGGUUACUUAUAGGGUUGCCUGUGAUAUAUGCGAUUACAAUGUGGGAUAUCUACCAAGACAGAAUGAUUUAAACGAAAGCAGGGUGGAAGUGAUCAAUUUAAUACCUGGAAUCAUUUAUAAUUUCGUGGUUUAUAGCGAAAAUAUUAUAUCCAAACUGGCCGGUUACUCUAACUAUGCCUCAUUAGCUAUAACCACAAAAAAUUACAUUUCAGACGAAGUAAAAGACAUCCAAUUGAUUCAUGCCACUAGCCGUUCAAUACUUGUAAAAUGGAAUCAUUUUGCGUAUGACAAUGAGAAUCAGAAAUUAAACGAUGGUAACUUGACCCGUUCAUACUAUUACGAACUGAUAUGUUCGCCUGUAACCGAUACAAGUGCUCUAAAUAAAUCCCGGACAGUGAGAACGGAAACCGGAUAUAGGAAUAUAACGAUCAGUGAUUUAAAACCUAGCACGGAAUACAACCUUAAAGUCAGAGUUAAAGCAAUCGAUAGUAUGGGAAAAUUCUGUGAACCAUUUUAUUUCAAAACGGAACCAGGCAACCUAAAUGAAGACUCAACUGAUCAAGUAGGCAACUUGGUUCUUCAAAAUUCCCUUCUAUCUUCCUUCAAAACGUCUCCCCUUCUUAAUGAUAAUAACCAAAAUCUGAAAUUGAACACCUUUAACGACAAAAACUCGAAUGACCAGAUGAGCGGAAUGGACUACGAGAAUAACCUUAACAAUAAUUUGAAUAGCCAAGAGUUUAUGAAUCUUCACAAGCAACAAAUGGGCCUUAUCAUAGGGGGCAUAAUGAUAUUGUUAUUGACUUUUGUGUGCAUUGUAGCCUUCACCACCUUUUUCCUCAAAAGGAAAGAACAAAGUUGCAAAGGUAAAACAUCAAGCGAUUGUGAUUCUUUGGAAGUUAGAACUGGACCUGAAGUGAUGACCCCGCUCUUUCCUCCUUCUUUCUUUAAACCAGGCUUCGGCACCACCAAAAUGUUAGACACUCGAUCGUACGCUUCGAAUAUGAUAAAUCAAGCUUUAAAUAACUCUUCGCAAUUACAAUCCAGGAACAACGCUUAUAUACCCGGGGUCAUUUAUAACACGAACGCUACUUUAAUAAAUGAAAAGGGAUUGGAAAAAUACGGCCUAUUCUACGGACAACUGAAUUGUUCUAAUGUUCUAAACCCCAUUAUACCAACAUUAACCACAGAUUCUAAUUUCGAUAAUAACCAAAAAAAUUUCACCAUUUUAUCCAACAAUAAUAUCAAUUCUCUCAAUAGAUCUAACCAUAACAAAAAACGGUUAUUCAAUAAUUUAGUAGCGUCCACAAAUACCCUAACCUUUUUGAGACAGAAUAACGAAAAUUUACAGAAACAUAAUAUGUUGAUGCAACAACAGCAACAAAGAUUUAGACCGGUGUCCGGAUUUUUGAUAGGCGAGGGCGACUUAGCCAAUCUUCACACCUAUGAAGAACCUCAUACGUUGAAUCACAAAAUCGAUUCUUACGAUGAAGCUGCCAAAAACGCUUUAGACUAUAGUAAACAAAAAAUUACGAAUGAAGGAGGCAAUCAUUAUUUUGCGAACCCACAACCGACAGAAAAUGAUGAUCCUUUUUUGAUUGAGGAAAUGAAAAAUAUGCCCAUCAUCGAUCAGAACUCUAUACUUGUCGACAGUCAAGUAUUAAUCGGGCGCGGAGGAUUUACAAAUGUUUACAGAGCUAUCAUGUGCUUCAAAAACGAUGCUUCUACUAAUUCAACUAAAUCUCGAACCAAAAAGAGCCCAUCGUCUAAAAAGAGGAAAAAAAUCGAAGGGUCAUCCCUAGUCCUAGAAGAUUCGAAAAUUUGCGAACCUCCCAAUGAAAAAUACCCACAAAAUUCUUCCAUUCCAUGCAAACGAACCCAUCAGGAAGCUCCUAAUGAAUCGUUAGUUACCGUAGCAAUUAAAAAACUCGAAAACCCAGCAGAUAGAAUAAAAUUUCUUAGAACCGCUACCAUGUUGGCUAGAUUGAGGAGGCAAAAUGGGAAGGAUAAUAUUAAUAUUGUUAAAUUUUUUGGAAUCAUGAAUCCCGAUGCACUUGACCCCUGCAUUUUAAUGGAAUUUGUCGAGAACGGAACUCUAGAGACUUUUUUAAAGGCUAAAGAAUAUCAAUUAACCCGCCCACAACUCUUAUCUAUGUGUAAGGACGUUUGUAACGGGAUGAAAUAUCUGUACAAGACUCUUACAUAUGCAAACUACGAUAGCAACAACCAGAAAGAAUGUUUCGUUCACAGGAGACUCAGAGCUGCUGCUAUUUUAGUUGACAAGGCUUUGAAUUGCAAAAUAUCGGGCCUUUGCGCCAAUAUUACACAUAAGAGCGAACAGAAAAUGGAUUAUGAAAUGAAAGGAGAUUUCGAAGGGAUAUAUAAUACAAAUUUUGGUAAAAUCCCUAUAAGAUGGACGGCACCCGAAACUUUGAACUCCUCCAACAUCGAAAUUCUAAAUAACAAUGAGCUAUUUAAUGAAACGACCGAUAUUUGGAGCUUCGGUGUUUUGUGUUGGGAAAUUUUUUCUUUAGGUGAUAAACCCUAUUGGAGCAAUUGGUCUAAUAGGGAUGUGAUAAAGGCUCUAACAGAAAAACUAUAUAGGCUGCCACCCCCUAUGUAUUGCCCAGAAAUAGUUCACGAAAUAAUGUUAUACUGUUGGCACAACGACCCCUCGAAGAGACCUACUUUCAAACAAUUAUUAUCUAUUUUCCGAAAUCUUGAAUUAGAUGAGGGUCAGAGCCAUAUAUUGGAUGUACCAGCUUUUAUAAAACUUAAUAAUCUUGAUCCUUUCGGUAAACAAGCCUUUUCAUCCAUCGAGGACUGGUUAAACAGUAUCAAGUUAGGUAGGUAUUCGCAACAUUUUGAAUCCCUCAACCUUCAUUCAAUUGAGCAACUCCUCAAUUUCACCUCAAAAUCGCACUCGGCUAAUCUGGGAAAUCAACAAAUAUAUCUAGAAAAUUUUCAAAACAUUUACGACACUAAUAACAUACCCAACUCGCUGGGUUCAUUGUUGGACGCAUUGAAUAUAACCAAUCAAACGCAUAGAAACAAAAUAUAUAUCAGUUUAGAGACGUUGAGAUACCCUUACCCACCCCCAAAUAGCAUAAAUUCCUUAUUAUCUUACGAUUCCAAUCUCACGCUAUUACUAGACAAUGUCUUAUUAAUUAAUAAUCAAAAUUCAAUCAAUUUAUCUUCUAGCGGUAACAGUGAUCAUCCGAAUUCCCUAAAGACCGAUAAAAUCAAAUCUAAUAUACUUAUAUCCGAGUUAUACCCUAACGAAAAUACAAAAUAUCGAGGAGGCGGUGCCCAUAUAAAUUUAACCAUGACACUUAAUUCUUCCGGAAGCAACGAUGAUUGUAAUAAAGAAGAAUUUCGUCAAAAUGAAAUCAAACAUGGUACAACACAUUUAUUAAGGGAUCGCAAUAUGAAAACAAAUUUUUUAACUGAAAAAUGUGACAAAACUGUCAAAAGUCCUCAGAUAAUAUCUCAAAUUAAUCAUAAUAAUAACAUAAUAAAUGCAUAUCCCAAUUAUUACGCUAAAUCUUCCUUACUUUUGAUGCCCGAAAAUACCGAUUCCGCCACGAAUAGUCUACAACAAGCUAAAUUAACAGUUUUAAGAAAUGAUAAUGCUUUACAAAACCACAAUCACAUUAAUAAAAAUUUAGUAGCUAAUGGAUUUUUGGUAUAAUUCCCCCACCAAAACCACAAUUUAAAGCGAAGCAGGAUAUUUUUUUGUUACAAAGUCAAAUUAUCUAUUAAAUUCCCAGAAAGUAGGAAACUUUAGAGACUAUCCGCGGUUCGAAAAAAUUUUCCGCGGUUCGAAAAAAUUUUCCGGUGCUUAACAAAAAAUUAUUCAUAUACGUAAUUUAUCAAUUCCUUUCAGAUCCCUACUUGUCAUUAAGGUUUCCUAAUUUUAACAAUUGGCCUAUAAAUUAUUUUGAUACUAAAUUCCACCUUUUAUGUUCUUUAGAUCUCAC